CCGCAUAAUAUUUCCGCGUCCGUGCGUGGCGCUAGAGGCACCAAUGAAAGUGCCAGUUUUUUCUCCACCACCACCACACGUCAAUCUCACACCUAAGCUUGACCUCGUUCCAUCUUCCAUGCAGUUAGUGCAAACAGGAAGAAUUUUGUAGGUCAAUGGUGAACCAGAUACCAAGACGAGAAGUGCUACACACUUGUCGAUUUCUCACCAGAGCCUCUCCGCCGUCCGGACGAGAGUGCUAUUAUACCUACACCUAUUGCUGGUGGUCAGUCGACGGCCGGUCAGUCCAGCACGAAGAGGAGCCGGUACAGUACUACUGGGAGUACUGCCGUACUGGAGCCUGUGGAGGUAGAUCUAGGUGGAAGUGCCGUACCGGCCACAACGAUCACAGGCUUCCCACACCUCAAAGUCCAGAAUGGAGUCCCUCUACUCUCGAAGUUGCCGCCGCCGACAUAAUUGCCCGUUGCUGCUUCUACUGUUGCUCAUCGCCGUGCUGGGUUUGGCUGUGAAUCAUUGCACGGCACAGUCGCUAGUCAGUGGCGGAGUGAACGUCUGCAGCACAAAGAAAACGCAGAUAGUAGCGUAUAGCAUCGCUGUGAGAGUCACCUAUUCUCAGAAGUACCACACAUCCCCAUGCUGGAGCUGGGACCUGGCAUGUACCAGAUACCGGACGGGUUAUCGCACCGAGUAUCGUACCAGAUACAACACACAAACUACAUCUACCCUCAAGUGCUGUGCCGGAUGGAGGCAAUCCGGAACCGGCUGUCCAACCCCAAUCUGCACUUUUUCCUGCUUGAACGGUGGAGUCUGCUCAAAACCUGAUAUCUGCAGAUGUCCAGCUGGUUUCUUCACCAAGAACUGUGGACAGACGUGCUCACUGUGGCAGUAUGGCACUGGCUGUGCAAGCACAUGCCCAUGUGUGAAGACGCAAGCAACAUCAUGCGACAAUGUGUCGGGGAAAUGCAAGUGUAAAGCCGGCUACAUUGGCAAAAACUGCCAAACACAAUGCGCAACCGGCAAGUAUGGAGUUAAUUGCCAAGGAAUAUGUAACUGCAAGAACGGAGCUACAUGCGACUUUGUGACUGGACAAUGCAAGUGUACACUGGGCUACCGUGGAACUGACUGUGGUCAGAAGUGCCGUCCAGGCACGUACGGCGAUGGUUGUGCUGGUGUGUGCGCCUGCAAGAACGGCGCGACAUGCGACUAUGUCACUGGCAAGUGUGCAUGUACGGCCGGCUGGACUGGAGUCGACUGUUCGGCUGCCUGCCCGACUGGCAUGUGGGGUGUGGGUUGUGCCCAGAACUGCACAUGUCUCAACAAUGCAGCAUGCACUGCAAGCACUGGAGCCUGUGUGUGCACACCUGGUUUCAUGGGAGCAAGAUGUGAGACACCAUGCCCGGCAGACAAGUAUGGCAGUUACUGCCGAUACAACUGCACCUGCAUAAACAACGGUACUUGCAACUCCAUGAACGGACUCUGCACAUGUCUGACGGGAUACGUUGGUGCGAGCUGUGAGCUUAAGUGUCCUCCUGGGACAUUUGGGCACGGAUGUAUAUCGACAUGCAAUUGUCAGAACGGAACUUGUCACCAUCAAGACGGAUCAUGUCGUUGCUUUGCUGGAUACACUGGUUCUAGCUGUGCUAUGCCAUGCAAAGGCGGUCUGUUUGGUGCCUACUGCACGCAGACGUGCAAGUGCCAGAACGGGGCGACAUGCCUCCCGACCGAUGGAACAUGCCUGUGUGCUCCUGGCUACAGGGGACUAACAUGCGCGGACAAGUGCAAAGUAGGAACGUACGGCGCAGAUUGUCAGUCAACGUGCACCUGUCAGAACAACGGGUUAUGUAAUCAUGUCGACGGCACCUGUACAUGUACCGCCGGGUACAAUGAUACAGACUGUUCCCAGCAGUGUCCCGAUGGCACCUAUGGUCAGCUGUGUGUGAAUGACUGCAACUGCACCUAUGCUACCAACUGCAGUCAUGUUGAUGGCACGUGUACAUGUUACACAGGCUGGACUGGGAUGGAUUGCAGUCAGCAAUGUGCCAGUGGAUCAUACGGUACAGACUGUGCAAACGCGUGUCAAUGUCGUAAUGGAGCGGCAUGCAGUCAUGUUGAUGGUAGUUGUAACUGUACUGCUGGAUACACUGGAGUCACGUGCAGUCAAGCAUGCCCGCCUGGUUACCAUGGCAUCAACUGUUCCAUGGCAUGUGAUUGUCGUAAUGGUGCACGCUGUGACAAGUUUGAUGGAACGUGUUCAUGCAAGCCUGGAUGGAGAGGUGUGUCGUGUAAUGACCCUUGUCUAAAGGGUUCGUUUGGCCAAGACUGUGCCAACACAUGCCCUUGCCAGAACGGUGGCAGCUGUGACAAGGUGGAUGGCACGUGCCAGUGCACCAGUGGUUGGACGGGUCCGGUGUGCGCUGACUAUUGUAUUACAGGUUUCCAUGGUCCAGACUGCAGCCGGAGAUGUUCGUGCAAGACGGACGUUUCAACGUGUGACCGUUUCACUGGCAAGUGCACUUGCACAGCUCCUGGCUACACUGGGAAAUCCUGCAAUGAGACGUGUAGUAAUACGUGGGGCUAUGACUGUGUGAAUGACUGUGAGUGUGUACAUGCCAACAGUGUCACCUGUGAUGCUACUAACGGAGACUGCAAGUGCAGCCCCCAGUAUCACGGAAGCACCUGUGGUAGCAAAUGCCCGGAUGGCAGUUGGUCGGUUGUGGGAAAGUGUGACGGCCGGUGUGACUGUGACAAUGAUGGAAGCUGUCACUCAGUCACUGGUGCCUGCCAGUGUGGGCCUGGAUGGACUGGACCCAAGUGUAGCAACAAGUGUCCUGGUGGUCUGUACGGAGCAGGAUGUCUUGGCAAGUGUCCGUUAUGCAGUGGGAACAACGUGCAAGAGAACUGUGAUCAUGUCAGUGGCAACUGUAACUGUGUACCCGGCUACUCAUUGGAGUCACGGUGUGCUGAAGCCUGUAAGGAUGGCUGGUAUGGUGUCAACUGCCAGUUCCAGUGCGAUUACUGUGAUACGGAGAAUAGUGCUGGACCUUGCAACAAAACGACUGGCUUCUGCAACUGCAAUCCUGGAUUCGCAUCGAAAUUCUGCAACAUGACAGCAGCCUGUAAGGAUGGCUGGUAUGGUGUCAACUGCCAGUUCCAGUGCGAUUACUGUGAUACGGAGAAUAGUGCUGGACCUUGCAACAAAACGACUGGCAUCUGCAACUGCAAUCCUGGAUUCGCAUCGAAAUUCUGCAACAUGACAGCAGAGGACUAUGAUGCACUGCUGAAAGAGCAGCGGAGGAAGGAUGGAGACAAUCCUGAGCCACAAUCCAGCAGCAGCAGCAGCAACACUAACCUGGUAGUCGGUGUUUCAGUCGGUGCUGCAGCUUUUCUUCUCAUUGUCAUAAUCGCAAUGGUUAUAGUGUUCAAGCGUCAUAGUAAACAGGCUGUAACGUACGAGCCAGCAGACAAUGCCCCAGAGGUCUUCUACCGCAAGCAGUCACUGGGUCUGGACAAUCCAGAGUAUCAUGCUGUCCUAGGGAUGGGCACAGCAGCACAGACCAGUGAAGAAGCUUCCCCAUUGAAGGACAGUCCAAUAUACAACCAGCAGCUGUACGACAUGGCUUCCGAUCCGACUGGUCUUCAGGUGGCUGCUGCUGCUGCUGCUGCAGGCACACCAACAAACCCAUACCAAUCAACUACGGGCCCGGCUGCUGCUGCUGGUGGUGUGAAGUGGAAUCCCGUUGCAGGCGCAUUAAUCAACAACGAUGACACUGACGGUCCAGAGUACAACGUUGCCACUGGCCAUGCAAUCAACACACAACCAGAGCUCAAUGUUUAUGAUAAUCCUCAGCUUGUAGGUUCGACGGGCCAGAGCAAAUCCGAGCCGCAGACAGGAGAUCCGUUUCAAGUCAUGAACCGGGACACCAUUAUCCAUGACAACAUGGCACCCAGCUCUGCGACCGACGUCUUUGACAAUCUCAACGAGCCGCCGAGUGUUGUGCCGGGUGCACAGCAUAACCAUGGCGACAACACAUACGCCACUACCAACCAUGGUGCUGCCGUGGCAACCGGCGGAAUGACACCGAACUCCAGUGAUCUUGGCUACACAGUGUUGGCUAGGCGAGCUUAGGCCUGACAACUUGGUAACACAAUGAACAUGUGCCACUGCAUGCUAAUGUUCCUGUUGUCAUCAUCAGAAGCAUCGCGUCGUUGUUUCCAUUGUGGUGUUUUGUGCUUGCUCAGCAUACCGACGUGUGCUAGGGUAGUUUGACCUUUCUCUUGGAAUUUUCAUCUGCAUUUCUAUUUUAUAGCAAUGAACUUUUGCAUCUGUUGGAAAUGUUACCUAUACCAUUUUAGUUGAAUGGUGUGUUGCUUGUUUUAAUGAGCAUAGCUGAGCAAACAUCGACUUGAACUCACCCCAAGCCAUUUGAAACCUCAUCAUGAUUAUUGAAAGCUCAGCAAAAUAGUGGUACCUCAACCCAACUUCCAUAUUCAUUCAAGAUGUUGGGAUGCAGGUGAAUAUACAUGUACAUUGAAGUAUCCGGAGUUUGCCAGAACUUGUGUUGCCUUUAGAACAUCACCGAACAGGAGUAAUCAGUGUAUGCCGGUCAAUGCCGGUAAUAGAAUCUGUGCAUGUAUCGUACUUACAGUAUAGUACUCUGCAGCUUUCCGGUUGUUGAAGUAAAUAGUUGACAGUUCGUGUGUUUUAGGACUGUGUUUUGAUAUUUAAAAUUUUUUCUUUGUUGCCUAUUCUGCAGUUGCAUGCGUAUUAGCAUCUCAUUGACCCUGCUCAUUCCUCAUUCUUCAUUCCGUUUGGCCUAAGCAAAGACUAGCUAUGCUUGCUUGGUGAUGUCAAUGCGAAAAGGCUGAAAAAAAAAUGUUAAUAGAAGUAACAACAGUCCACCCUUGUGUCUUAUGUCUUGUGUCUUGCAGCAGCUAUGAAAUAUUAUCAUGGUUAUGUUGUCAUGGUUAUGUUGCAUGAUAUGAUUGAUAUCCAUAGUAUCCUGUGUUCAAUACUUCCGCCUCGUCUCUGCUCACACUUGCUGUGUUUUCUGCUUGCCUUUCAUUGUUUAAAAACAAUUAGCCUUUGCAUAAUUAUGUUGCUUGUUUUACGUAAUGGUGCUGGAAUCUCUCUCGAGUCUUGUGCUCCAUCUAA